AUGAGUGGCAUUUUAAUCAGCCAUCAAGAGACUUUAGACACCCUAAAUUCUUUAUUGAAAAGCGAUCGCAUUCCUCAUGGACUUUUGCUUGUGGGUCCAGAAGGUAUCGGAAAGUCAAAGGUUGCGUAUCGGCUUCAACACGCUUUGUUAGAAGGGGAGCAAGCGAUUUCUUCUCAUGCACUUGAGCACAACACUCCGACAGGACAACUCUUGCGUUCAGGCGUCCAUCCUGAUGCUUUGUGGAUGACCCGGAAAACCAAUGAAAAAACCGGAAAAUUGUCCCAGGGGAUUAGUGUUGAAGAAGCUCGAAAAGUAACCGCUUUUUUCCAACGGAAACCCGCUUUGAGCAAGCGUCGCAUCGUCGUAGUUGAUGCCGUUGAUGACUUAAAUAUGAAUGGGGCAAAUGCUCUUUUGAAAGUGCUGGAGGAGCCUCCAGUAGGGGCUACCCUCAUUCUGAUUGCGCAUCGUAUGUCCAAAGUUUUACCAACGUUGCGUUCUCGGUCUCAGAUGAUUUCUUUGCGUGCUUUGUCGUCUGAGGAACUCAAAAGUUUUGUCAAAAGCGAAUUUGGGACGUUGUCUCCAGAUGAAAGCGAUGCUUUGGUUGCAUUAAGUGCGGGGUCUCCCGGGUGUGCAAAAAUGCUUUAUGACCAGGGAGGGCUAGAGGUUUUUGAUCAGUUUUUAACUGUUGUAAAAGCUCUGAAUACCCCUGACUUUUCUGCGGUUCUCAAUGAUUUUGUGGCGCAGAUGACA